UUCCAGCUUUGCUCUGACCCAGUGCGAUGAUCGUGACACUGACACUUGUCUGACAGAUUGAAUGUCUGAUAUUUGUUACAUCUCGUAGAACUAUAAUGUGAUAUUUUCCUAAUUUCUACUUCCGAAGAUGAACGGUGAUCACCAUGAGACUGUUUCUCAAGCAUUGGAAGAGGCACGGAACCUAAUCGACGAGAGAAAAUACCUAGAGGCAGAGAAUCGACUUUCUGCGUUGAUCAACUUUUUAGAAAAUGAGCCCGACAGCAUUAAGAGGAAUCGGUUUCUUUCCGAAGCAUACAACAAUCUGGGACAAGUGUUUUACCGGAAGGUGGAAUUCGAUAGGGCAGUGGGCUGCUACGGGAAAGCGACGGAGCUCAAAAAUGAUUUCGCUGCAGCCUUCUACAAUCGUGGGACAAUCCAAUAUCGCCUCGGUUUUUAUGCUUCUGCCUUGGAGGACAUGAGAAAAGCUGUUACACUCGAUCCCCUGAACGUUGAAUUUGUAGCUGGGCUUCGUGCCACAGAAGAAGCCAGUCCGAAAGAAUCCUGAAGAACAGAACCUCUUGUGAAGCCCCUUCAACUAUUUUCAUAUUCAAACUCGCACGCAAUGUGCUGUAUCGAAGUACUUCUGAGUUCCUAACUUUUUUUACAAUAAUUAAUGAAAUAAAAAAAAUUAAU